AUGGGUGGCAACGAAGCGUACAAACCGAAGCUAUGGUGUUACAAACAACUACAAGUUUUAUUCCAAUGGGAUAUUGAUGAAGAUGAUGUGGAAGAGAUUGAAGAAGAGAGCAAUAAGAAAAAAAUAAUCGCCAAUCGCGAUGCAAUUAUGAAAUUUUAUGCAGCGACAAGAAAUGUGGAAAUGCCUAACGAUACCAACGGACAGGACUGGCGCACGCGCAAGAUACGCUUUCUAGGCGAAUGUCUUUACGAGUAUAUACAGCGAGCGCAAUUCCACACUAAGGCACAUAUCACCGAAGAGCUUUUACGUAUGAAAGCAUUCGAAUUUCGUAGUCUCAUACAAAUCGAUAAUUUUAUGCCGACUAAGGCAUGGAUGAAUCACUUCAAGGCCAUGUACAAUUUCUCUUUGUCCAAUCGACAAAUCACAAUCACACGCACGCCGCCUGUCUCACUCGAUCUCAAGGAUAUAAUGACAUUUUGUACAAAAAACCAAGCGAAAGCUGACGCGAAGACGCCUCCGCCCGAACCGGUGGAGGACAGAGAAUCUGAUCUCUAUCGCACUGCCACACGCAUAGCUGUUUCGGGCGAAAAUGAGGCAGCAUUGCAAGAAAUCAAGCAGCGCCGGCUGCGUAAAAUCAAUUUUCUAUCGAAGACACUCUUCGAGUAUUGGCAGCGUGCUAGAUAUCACCACAAGAUGCGCAUGGAUGAGAACUCGCUGCGAAAAGUGGCUUGCGAUCUUAAGGAAAUGCUGAAGAUCGAUAACUUCUAUCCGGACAAAGAGUGGUUGGAUCACUACAUUACCAUCACAGUUCCAACAAUGCUAGAGGAAUCACAGGAUGCGCGUCCGCCGCCGCUCUCCUUGGAUCUGAAAGACAUACUUAGCUACUGCAGCCGGCAGGAGAACAAGAAACUGGCACCGAGCACUAUAACGCUGGCGCCGAAAGAGACAGCGAAACCACAAUGGCAGGGCGAUGGAGCUGCUCACAAUGCCUCAGCAUCUGCCACUGCUGCCAGUGCAACUGCAACUACGCCACUUGUACAAAUACACACAUUCAACCUGCGGCGCAGUGAUGAAUCCGCCGCGUCGCGUACACAAGCGCCACGAAUGCCAAGCCCCAAGCAAGCAGCUGCUGCGUUGGCAGCCAAGAUCAAGGAGGAAGUUAUUGAAUUGGAUGCAGAUGAGGCGGUGAAAGAUGUGAAACCAAAUUUAAGUGAACUAUUGCCACCACCACCACCACCAUCGGCAUCGCCUACGACGCCACCAGUUGCGAAGGCACAACUCCAUCACCAGCUCCCACCAAAGCUAACGACAGUGACAGUGACAGCGACAGCGACGCAAAUUGCGCACCAACAAAAACGUGAACCCCGCAAACACAACGGUAGCGGUGCGCAAGUGCCUGCAUUGAGGGUGGUGAGUUUGAGUACGCUGGUACCGCCACCAGUGGGGCCAAUACCAGCUGCGCCAGCAGCUCCAUCGUUGAUCACUGCAGUCGCAUCACCAACUCCAGCAGCAGGCGAUAACAGAAAACGGGGAAAUGACGAUCAGUUGGUCGAGCUACCGCGACCGUUGAAGAUACAAAAGAUCGAAUCGAUUGGCGCGCAUGUUGAACCAACCACACACAGUCCUGGUCAUUGGUCGGAACAUAGCGAUCGCGAGGAGGAGGAACUACCAAGGCAUGUGACUAACUACAAAGAUGCGCUUAAAUUGUUGAAGCCCCUGGAAGAAUUUGCAAUGCUGGAGGAGAACUAUCGGGUUAUCGGCUUGAUAUCACAGCUCGAAGAGAUAUUCAAGCAUCCACCUCAGAAGAAUGAUAAUUGAAAAUUUCAAUAAAAUGUAUGUAUUUAUAUAUGGAGCCCUAACCGUCAAAAAGAUAUAAGCGACAAUUUUUUUUUUUAAACUUUUAUUACUGACGCAAAAACGUUCCUAGAGCAUUUAGAUGCAUUUCUGCAUCAGAAGUAAAAUUUUGAUAAAAAUGUCGCUUACAUAUUUUUGGCGAUUAGGGGUCGAUAUAUUCCGGGAGCUAGUGUAACUAAUGUAAGAACAUUUUCCUAACAAGUGGCUUAAUCGACGUUAACUUGUUUUAAAGUUAAUGUUCGCCACAGUAUGUAUAGUCUAUGUAGUAUGUACAUGUAUGGAAAUAUUAGAAUGUAAAGACAUAUUUCCGUCAUCACGGCAAAAUGCGCUACAUUAAAUUUUUUUUCUUAAUUUCUUUUUUUUUAUUAUUUUGUUAAUUGGCUUUCAAAUAAAAGCGC